AUGGCGGUUGACCGUAAGCUUGUGAACUUGAAGAAGUUACAGAAGUUUGGAUUUGGGAUCCCGGGUCAUGGAUUUUAUUCUCUCAAUAUACCAGAGGCUAGGGCCAAGGAGGCCGCAACUACAGGCUUGCUCACCAUACUUGAAGGUGAAGCUUCUGAGGAAAGAGUGGAUAAAGAGCUGAAGCACCUAGUGAGAUCAGAUUGGGAUUUCAAAGUCAGGAAGAUGGAUCACCAGGAAUACCUUACAGUCUUCCCUGACAAGAACAUGUUGGACACCUUCAUUAUGCUUACUGGGUUUGAGAUGUCUCUCUUUGGGUUGAAAGGAGCCUUCUAUGCGCUAUGCCGAUUGAACACAGUUCCACGUUACAGUAUGGAUUAG